UUAUUACGUCAAUUGUUUCAGCACACACAAAUACUAAAAAAUCAUUAUGAAGAUAAUCGUAAUUGCUCUUGCUUGCCUGCUGGCGACCGUCAGUGCCCUGCCCAACCAACAGAGUAAGGAACUCGAAUCAGCCAUCAGGUCUGGAAACACGAGGCUGGUCACUGGUAGCAUUGUUGACGCCAUCGAAAACUUGGCGCAGUCCCUCCGCGAUGCCGGUUUGGACCCUCUUGCCAUUGAUCAAGAAAUCGACUAUGCCUUGCCGGUACCUUCCAUCUUGAAUGCAAAGGCUGCUCUGAACGGCUUCCUCUUCUCUGGUCUGAGUAACAUCGUCAUCAACAGAAUGAACUAUGCUGUGUUGACUUCUAGGCUGACUUUCAACAUUGAACUCCCGGAAAUCUCUACAAGCGUCGGUCUUGCUCAGUGGGACGUGAACUUCUUUGACAGAAACUUAAACGGUGUCGUCAGUGGACGUGUUGCUGUGAACAACGUUGUCGUCACCGGCGACAUUCGCGUGAACAUUGGCAUCAUUACUGGCAUUAGCAUCAGGAGUAUGGAAGUGACAUUCAGCCUGGGAGGAAUUCAAUCUAACCUGAAUGUGUUGCUGCAAGGAGUUAACCUUUCUCGACAAAUCAACAACUAUUUGGGAGAGACUAUUCCUGGAACUCUGAAAGCUUAUGAGAGUGACAUCAACCAACUGAUAACUAUCGUCGCAAGGGAAGUCGUCGAACAAAAUUUGUAAAUAAAUUAUAUAUUGUAUUAUGACUGAAUAUUUUAAAUACGAAAAUGGUAAUGUUGAUGAUUAAUAAAGCUUUAUUUAAUAAAAAGGUAAAUGUAUUACACA